UCGUUGUUAGCUUCUUUGGCGCAAUGGGUUUCUUUUGGCGGAUCGUGUUAUAAACUUAUAACUACCACUGAGACAUGGAGCAAUGCAGAAGCUUAUUGCAUGAAUCAACAAAGCGGCGUACUGAUAAAGAUCGAAUCUACCGAGGAAAACGACUUCAUCAAAAGGCAGUUUCUGACAGGCCAAUCGGAUUAUUGGAUUGGACUCAGUGACUCUGUUUCUGAAGGUCAAUGGAAAUGGAGAGACAACACUGAAUUGACUGGAUUGACAAACUGGAAAAGUGGCGAGCCAAAUGGUGGCAACGGCGAAAACUGCGGAGGAAUACGAAUGGGAACGCAUGAUGGCGUUAGCUACGACGGAGAAUGGCACGAUGAUAUCUGCUGGGAAGUGAAGGGUUAUAUAUGUGAAAAGUAA